AUGGCUGCUCAGGAGGCCUUCCCGGAGAUAACCAAAUCACUCAUCGUCCCUGCGUUCAACGAGCCUCUCGUCUUGGAGAAGUCUCUGACCCCAACCGCGACAGCCCCAGGAACCGCCUUGGUGCGUAUUCUGAGCACCUCUGUACGACCUCACAACCGCAAUGGCUUUGCAGGAAAGGGCUUUCUUUCCUUCGCUCUCCCCUUUGCCCCCGGAGACACUGCCGUUGCCCGAGUUCUCUCUGUCGGAGAUGGUGCCGUCGCUGUGAAGCCAGGUCAACUCGUCUUCAUCAAUGGUUUCGUCGCCGCCAGAGAUGAUCCUGAUGGAACUAGAGUCUUGAUCGGUCUUCAUGACGGCGGUGGCAAGGCGCGAGAUGUCGAGAUUUUUGAAUUGUACAAGGGUCUCUGGAGAGAUACUGCCACCAUGCCGAUUGAGAACUGCUUGGUCCUUAACGAGGCGAUUCUGAGGGACCAAAUGGGCUACUCUUACGCCGACUUGAACUACAUCCAACGUCUGGCUGUUGCAUAUGGCGGCGUCAGCGCUGCUGAUCUCCGUACAGGAGAGACCGUCAUUGUUGCACCUGCGACUGGCCACUUCUCCGGUGCUGUCGCCGAGAUCGCCGCACAGAUUGGCUGUCGAGUGAUUGCACUCUCACGCUCAGCUUCUAAGCUGGAGCCUCUUACAAGUCGCUACCCUCGCAUCACCGCCCUUGAACUCACCGGCGAUACCGAAAAAGACCUCGCGGCAAUUCGGAAACUCUGCCCUGAAGGCGCAGACGCGUUCAUCGACAUCUCGCCCCCACAAGCAACCGCAUCCCCGCACCAUCUCUCCGUCUCCCUCGACUCACUCCGACCCUUCGGUCGUGCCGUCUUCCUUGGUGCCAUGAUGGGUGUUAGCGUCAACUAUAUGAGCCUGAUGACUCGCAACAUUACCAUCAAAGGCCAGUUCAUGUACACGCGGGCGGAGCUAGUCUCACUCAUCAAGUUGAUCGAGACUGGGGUCUUGAAACUCGGCAAGGAUGCUGGGCAUGAGACCGUGGGCGGUGGGUUCGCGCUUGAGGAUUGGGAGGAGGCGCUUGUAGUUGCGGAGGGGGCUACGGCAUGGGGUCAACAGGUCGUGUUUACACCCUGA